GCUAGCAAGUCCGAGGGCCUGGGUCUUUCUGUCGGCCAAUACGCCUCGGGCAAGAGCGGACCUCGCUGCGGCAAACAACGGGGCUGCCAAUGACAAACAUAUUCCCGAUGUGCCAUUCUGUUUCGUAGACAGCGAGUAUCUUUUUUUUUUUAUCGAAGUCUCCCGUUCUUCCAAGACCCAUCGCGAGGAAAACGAGAUUUGUGUGCGUUUGUGUGCAGUAUUUCGUAUUAAAGGAACGAAUAUGGCGUUUACUAUGACUUCGAAGGCAAUUCUUCUUGUGGCGGCUUCGGUCUUCGCUCUCUUAGCUACCGCGAAGGCCGAGAUCCCAAAGGAAGGCCACUGUAUCUGGUAUGGCAUGUGCGACCGGAACCCGCAGAAGGAUACGACCAUGUACCUCAACUGCGCUUACGACGGGCCCGCGAAGCUUCUGGAGGACGAGAUUGCCUUAGAAGGACUGAGGAACCACUGCCCAGAAUUUCUGGAGGAGAUCACCGCGGAGGACGGCAGCAUCAGCACCUGCUGCGGCGCCGACAACAUCCUGGACAUGACGACCAACUUCGCCCGGCUGGACACCUUCGUCAGCCGCUGCCCCGCCUGCAUGAACAACAUCAAGAAGAACUUCUGCUACUUCACCUGCCACCCGAGGCACUCGAACUUCCUCAGGCCCACCGAGAUUUACGAGACGGAGAACUUCACCUCCAUCUUCUCCACCGACUUCAUCAUCCACCCGCAGUACACGAACGAUACCUUCGACUCCUGCAAGAACGUGUAUUCGCCGGAGGUCAACAUGCCCGCCCUGGAGAUCCUCUGUGGCAACGCCGGGAGGGACUGCACGCCUGAAAAGCUGUUCUCCUACUUCGGCAACAACGAGUUCGCUCCCUUCAACAUCACGUACGUGUGGGCGACCGAGGACCUGGAGGACGAGCCCAACAUCUGGGGCAACGCCACGCUCACCAUGCACCCCUUCGACGUCCCCACCACGCCGUGCAACACCUCGAACUCCUCGCUGCACUGCCUCUGCUCCGACUGCCGGUCCUCGUGCCCCCCCCUUCCCGAGAUGCCCGAAGACAGCGGCCUGCCCAUGGUCGGGGGUAUCGACGCCCUCUCCUUCUCCCUCAUCAUCAUCUACUGCGUGGGCGUCGUGGGGAUAAUCGUGGCGUCUUGUUUCUGGAGCAAGAUCUCUCCGGGAGGACAAGGAGGCUCUCCCUUGGCACCUGACAACGAGGGCGACCCCGGCUGCUUCGAAAAGCUCUCGGCGAAGACGGAAAGGUCCAUCAAACGAACCUUCUCCGUGUUCGCGAGAUUUGUAGCCAAGCACCCCUUUAUCUUCAUCUUCGUCAGCCUGAUUCCAGUGGCCCUUCUCAGCGUUGGCAUUAUGUAUCUCCAGCUGACCACUGACCCCGUGGAGCUGUGGGCGUCGCCGACCUCGAGGUCAAGGAAAGACAAGGACUACUUCGACUCCCACUUCGCGCCCUUCUACCGCACCACGCAGGUCAUCAUCACGGCCAAGAACUACGACUGGUUUAACGUGACCGUGGAGCCUUCUCCGGGCGCUUUCAAGACCUACAACUUCGGGCCCGCGCUCAACGAGACGUUCCUGCAGGAGGUCAUGACGCUGCAGAACGAAAUUGAAAGUCUCAUGGGAAACAUGGACGGCGAGAACGUGACCCUCAGGGACGUGUGCAUCAAGCCCUUGGCGCCGCAGGAGGACGACUGCAUGAUCCAGAGCGUCGUCAACUACUGGCAAAAUGACCCCGCGAAACUUCAGGCGGAUAUCGAUAAGGGCGAUUUUGCAUUUGCGAAACACUUCCUCUCCUGCGUCAGCAACCCCGUCCAGCUGUCUCCGGACCUUUGCCUGGGCUCGUACGGCGGCCCGGUCUUCCCCUACACCGCCCUCGGAGGCUUCCUGAAGGAGGACGACCUCAUCUCCGACAGCCCUUCGUACUGGGAGUCGACGGCGCUCGUGAUCACCAUCGUCCUCGCGAAUCACAACGACAAGUCGCUCCUCGGGCCGGCCUUGGCGUGGGAGGAAAGGUUCCUCGAGUACAUGAAGGAGAUCGUGUCUGACGGGAACCUCACCCUCAACAUGGACAUCGCCUACAACGCCGAGCGAGGCAUCGAGGACGAGCUCAAGCGCGAGAGCAUGAACGACGUCCUCACGAUCCUCAUCAGCUACCUCAUCAUGUUCGCUUACGUCGCCAUCGCGCUCGGCAACGUCUCCUCCGAGUGCCGGCGACUCUUCAUCGAGAGUAAAAUCCUGCUGGCUCUCGGGGGCGUCACCAUCGUCAUGCUCUCCGUGUUCGCCUCCCUCGGGUUCUACGGCUUCGCUGGGGUGCCGGCCACGCUCUUCGUCAUGGAGGUCAUCCCGUUCCUGGUGCUGGCGGUGGGCGUGGACAACAUCUUCAUCCUGGUGCAGACGUGGCAGCGGGAGCCCCGUCAGGAGGGCGAGAGCCUCGAGGACCACGUGGGGCGCGUCGUGGGCAAGGUCGCGCCGUCCAUGCUGCUCUCCACCUGCGCCGAGGCCCUCUGCUUCUUCCUAGGAGGCCUUUCGGACAUGCCCGCCGUCUACGCCUUCGCCCUCUACGCCGCCCUCGCCCUCGUCAUCGACUUCUUCCUCCAGAUGACCUGCUUCGUGGCGCUCCUCGCCCUCGACGCGCGGAGGGUGGAGUCAAAUAGAUGGGAUAUUUGCUGCUGCAUUGAAGGGGAAAAGCCGGCUUCCAAGACACAAGAGAAGACCGUGUGUUUCAAGAUCUUCCAGCACGUCUACGCUCCCUUCCUCCUCAAGGACAUCGUCCGUAUGAUCGUCUGCAUCCUGUUUCUGGGAGUGUUUUUGGCCUCCCUCGCUCUCACGCCCAAGAUCGAGGUCGGCUUGGAGCAGGAUCUCUCCAUGCCAGAAGACUCGUUCGUCCUCAAGUACUUCAAGUAUCUCAACAACUACCUCUCCGUCGGCCCCCCGGUUUACUUUGUGAUGACUGAAGGCUACAACUUCACUGACUUUGACGAACAGAACCUGGUGUGUCAAGUGUCAGGUUGCAACGACGACUCCAUCCUUCAGCAAAUAUUCAUCUCGUCCCUGAAGCCUGAAACGUCGUACUUAGCUUCCGGCGCUUCGUCUUGGCUCUCCCCUUACUUCACGUGGCUCAAAGACUUCGUGGAUUCUGACUUCGACAUCGGUGCCUGUUGUCGGCUGGACAGCAAUGGCAAUUUCAUCAACUCCUCGGAGCUGGUAGACAUGAACACCGUCACGACCUGCAUGCACCCAGCCGACUUCGAGGACGGUCGUCCUCAUCCCCAUCUCUUCAUGAAGCACCUCGAGGACUACUUGAACGACAACCCCCACGGGACCCUGUGCGCCUCCGCCGGACACCCAGCCUACGGAGACGCAGUCAAGAUCCUGGAGGAUCCGUCGGGAGAGAAAUACGUCGGCGCCAACUACUUCAUGGCUUACCAUUCCAUCCUGAAGACGUCUGACGACUUCACCAACGCAAUGGACUUCGCGUACCAGCUGAGCGCGAGCAUCACCACUUACCUGCAGAAGAACAGCAAAUUUACCUCCGACAUUGAAGUGUUCCCUUACAGCAUCUUCUACGUGUACUACGAGCAGUACCUGACGAUGUGGGCUGACACGGGCGUGAGCCUGGGCGUGUCCGUGGCCUCCGUGUUCGGCGUCAUGCUCCUGCUGACCUUUGACCUGGCCUCCUCGCUCAUCGUCCUGGUCACCAUCGCCAUGAUCGUCGUCGACAUGAUGGGCAUGAUGUUCUGGUGGGGCAUCUCGCUCAACGCCGUCUCGCUCGUCAACCUCGUCAUGGCAGUGGGAAUAUCCGUAGAGUUCUGCAGCCACGUAACCCACGCUUUCGCCACCUCGGUCCAGCCUACGAGGCUAUUACGAGCCCAAGAAGCACUUUCUACUAUGGGCUCUUCUGUGCUGUCGGGCAUCACGCUGACCAAGUUCGGCGGCAUCAUCGUCCUCGGCUUCGCGCAGUCGCAGAUCUUCCGCGUGUUCUACUUCCGCAUGUACCUGGGCAUGGUCAUCAUCGGCGCCGCGCACGGGCUCGUCUUCCUGCCCGUCUUCCUCUCCCUCUGCGGUCCGAGACUCAACCGGGUGCUGGCGAACGAGGAGAAGGAGAGAGAGAAUAAAGCAGCGCAAGAGAAACAUGGAGAAGCCAACAUUGGGUUCCAGUCUGAUCUCCAUUUGUAGGCGGAGAAUGGGGAAUAAGGAAAGGAAGAGAGAGAAAGAGAGAGAGGGAGUAAAGAGAGAAGAGACGGAAGGACGGGUUGGAGAGCUUGAGGGACGGAAACGAUGAGCGAUGGAGAGAGAGGGAGGGAAAGAAAGGCGGAAGAGGAAAAGGGAAGGAGGGAUGAAAGGAGAGAGAGAGAAAAAGACUGGUUUCAAUAACAAUACUGUGGAGAGAGAGAGAGAGAGAGAGAGAGAGAGAGAGAGAGAGAGAGAGAGAGAGAGAGAGAGAGAGAGAGAGAGAGAGAGAGAGAGAGAGAGAGAGGAAGACGGUCAAAUUCAGAGACAGACUGAAGAACACACACACACACACACACACACACACACACACACACACACACACACACACACACACACACACACACACACACACACACACAGGUAGAGACAGAGGAAAUUUAUCUUCAUGAGUAUUGUUCAGAGGGAAGAUUACUUUUGAAAGUGCUGUGAAUGAGUGACUUAGAAAGACUGGAGAGGGAUUCGGACAAAGCACUAAUCCACUAAUUCGUUGGAAUGAUUGAGAGAAGAAAGAAAUGUAUAUGUGUUUUUUUGUUUCAUUAGUGUUUUCUUUGAGGUAAACGAAAUUUCAUCUAACACUUGCUUUUGUACGAACACUAAUAAAAUAAAGACAAAAAAUAAAAGACGUGCCUCCCCCCUCCCCUCCCUCACUCUCUCAAUAAAAAAGAAAAGAAAAAGAAAAGUGGAAAUUGAAGAAGAAAGUCUGGCCUGCAUCAUCCUCGACGCAUCUUGAAAGGGCCACUUGCCGGUGCUCCUUGCAACAUUUGCAAUGGUGUUACCGGAAGUGCAGCCGUGCAAUGAAACGAUUCUUAUUGUUAUGAAACCUUAAUCUUGAUAAUGUAUUAGAAAUUGUUUUACCCUCUUUGCAUAUAGACGACAUAUAUUGAAUACUAAACACCUUGAGUAUUGUGAUAUUAAUAUGCUAUGUAAUCUUUGGAUAAUUAUAUGGUGGGUUAAUGAUACAA